GCAGGACGGGCAGCCCCCCACCCACCCCCACGAGCCGCCGACACCCCCCACCCCGUUCCCACCAUCCGACGGCACUUUCAAGGGGUUUUCCGGCUGUUCGGGGUUUUCUUUUUGCUUUCUCUCCUCCCGGAGGGGGCUCGGUGCCCGCUAUGGAGGGGGCGGUGGGCUCGGAGCACGGUGGGCGCCGUUAGACCGGACUCGGUCUCGGUGCACCGGAGCUCAAUGAGCGGCUAAAGGGGGCCGGGCGCCCACCGCCCGUCCAUGGGCGCGUUGGAGCCCCCCCGCUCCUCCCUCCCCAUGCUGAGCGGCGCAGCCAAAGAACCUCCCCGGGACCCCCCCGGUUAUUAUAACGAAGCGGGGGCUCCGGAGCUCGCUUCACCCCCGUUGCCUUACGGAGCUCCAGCCGUAACGGGCGGCCGUUUCCUGGGGCCGUGCCCGACUUAUCGGCCCCCUCCGCCCGCUCCGACCGCGGGGGGCACUUAUGGGGCGGUGGGAGAUGGUUACGUUGGAGCGGAGUUAUACGAGGGGUCGUACGGUCCAGGAGGAGCCUCAACGUUGUGUCCCCGAGCCGGGCCGCUGUGUGCGCUGCCCGGGUACCGAGCGGCCGGGAAGGUGCAGGUGAUGCUCAACAAUUUCCCUCUAUGGGCCAAAUUCCACAAGCAUCAGACCGAGAUGAUCAUCACCAAGCAGGGAAGGCGCAUGUUCCCGUUCCUCAGCUUCAACCUGUCCGGACUCAACCCCGUGGCCCAUUACAGUGUCUGCGUGGACGUGGUUCUGGUGGACCAGCACCAUUGGCGUUACCAGGGCGGCAAGUGGGUGCAGUGUGGUAAAGCUGAGGGCAGCAUGCCAGGGAACCGCCUCUACCUUCACCCCGACUCACCCAACACCGGAGCGCAUUGGAUGCGGCAGGUGGUCUCCUUCGGGAAGCUCAAGCUCACCAACAACAAGGGCGCAUCCAACAACGUGGGGCAGAUGAUCGUGCUGCAGUCGUUGCACAAGUACCAACCGCGGCUGCAUGUGACGGAGGUGAAGGAGGGUGAGGGUGAAGCAGCUCAGCCCUCCCCACACACACACACCUUCGCCUUCCCUGAGACUCAAUUCAUUGCUGUCACUGCUUACCAGAACGCUGAUAUCACUCAGCUGAAGAUCGACCACAACCCCUUUGCCAAAGGCUUCAGGGACAACUUUGACUCGAUGUACGGAGCCUCAGAGGGCGACCGCCUGACCCCCUCCCCACCGGAUGGUCCCGGCUGCCCCCAGCUGCUGCCGAGCCCCCGUUUCCAGCCCUUCCUGCAGGAUCAAUACCCGCUGCCCCCAGGGCGUUUCUACAAUGGGGAGCGGGGCCCCCCACUGCCCCUGCCCCCCAAGGACCCCUCCCGAUGGUACUUUGCCCCCCAGCAGCCGCCAACAACAGCGAUGGAGUACAGCAGCUACGAGGGGGGGUACGGAGGGGGCAAGCUGGUGCCCUAUGGGGUGAAGCCCUUCGCCCUGCCCCCCACCGCCCACCCACCCCUGCCCUAUUACCCUGAGGGGCCGGGGGCGUUUGGGGGGCCGGGGGGGGGCUGGGGGGGUGCAGGGCAGUACGCAACCAAGGGCAGCCCCGGGGGCCUGGGCUGGUACCGGGAGCCCCGUGAGGAGAAAGGCAAGGAGGAGGGCUGGCCCCCCGAGCCCCCCACCAUCAAACCGGGUGAUGCUGCCGAGUCAGGGCUGUAUGAGGGGGGGUGCAAGCGGCGUCGUGUGUCCCCCUACCCCUCCAGCACUGAGAGCUCACCCCCUGCCCGCAAUGGGGACCUCUACGACAAGGAGCCGGGCACCGACAGCAGCUACUAUGGCUUCUAUGGGAACUGAGCUGUUGGGGGGGGGGCUUGGACCCCAGACCACCCCCUGGGGCUGGAGCUGAGCCCAGUGCAGGGCAUCCCUGCCCUUCCUUCCUCUAUUGAACAUCCAUAUCCUGGGCACGGAGGUGGGGGGGGGGGUGUCUAUAGCCAGACAAUCAGGCCCUGGAGCCCCCCCAGUGGGGCCAUGGGGGUGA